AUGACGAGGAUCAUGAGCUUUGAAGAUUCGAAAAAGAUUAAAUCUAGUUUGGAUUCUUUUGACAAAAUUGUGGAAGAGGUUAAGGCAGCCUCAAGAGACCCAGUUGAACAGGAUCAAUUGCUAACAGAAAGAAUUGUGUUUAAUCUCAUUCAAAGUAAAGCGAGGAAAGCAGAAGCAUCCAUCUCCAAGCAGAAUAAUUAUAAUCAAGAAAAAGCUGCUUCUACUUCUGCUGGAAAUUACCAUAUGAAAAUUAGAAAGCAGAGUUUGGGAAGCAGCAAAGACGAAGAUGAAUUUAAGUGUAUUGAAGAGGAAGUAAGCAAGUUGAUUAAGAAGAAGCAGAACAAGGCCAAGAAAGCAGUGAGCAUGCGAUCAGCUUUAUCAUCAAUUCCCUCUACGCCACCAGACAUGCCUAUGGAAUUCAAGAACAAGAUUCAAUCCUUGCACGGUUUCAGAGUGCAAUUGGUAAUUCAGAAAGAAAUUUUCCCUACCGAUUUGAGCACGCAUCACGACCGUCUCUCAAUGCCAAAGAAUCAAGUGAGUAACCAGGACUUUCUUGGGGAACAAGAUAAGAAAAAAUUGAAACUUGAGGGAUCAAUAAGAGUGAAAGUAAUCGAUCCAAAUUUAAACGAGUAUGAGUUAAGGUUGAGCGAGUGGAAGUUCAAAAGUAGGUCUUGUUCAGGCUUGAGCAAGAGAAAGCGUAGUUCUUCCUAUAUGUUAAACAGUGGUUGGUCCAAAAUUUCAGAGAACAAAAAGAAUAAGCUUCAGAAAGAGGAUAUAAUCCAGGUGUGGUCGUUUCGAGUUAACAAUGUCGACAAUCCUCCUGUCUACGGAGAAGAACGUCUCUGCUUUGCAGUUGUUAGGCUUACAGAUACAGAUGAGGGGAAACAUUGUCUCAUUACAAGUGCAUCCUAA